GCGUGGCUCCGCGAUGGCGAUUGGCAGCAGAUGGCUGGCGGACAGUGGCAAAAUUCAUCACGGUGUGAAAGUCAUACAGUUCGCUAAUGGACUCGCAAGUGACUGUUUGAUCGCGUUCGAGAGGGUGAAUGAAUAGAAAGAACGGUGAGAAGUCGCGUUCCCAAGAAUCUGUCUCAUUCCUUCCGCCAUCAUCGCCUGAUUCGUCUAUUGGCCAUCGCACAGCAUCGUAUAACCUUUGCAAAGAUGUCUCAUGAUCAUCAUAUAAUGGACAGUACAGGAAACGCGUCCCACGGUAUGCACAUGGCUCAUCAUGGUAUAGACCAUGGUAUAAAUCGUGGUAGUAUGGAUGACGGCAAUAUGAAUCAUGGGAAUAUGAACCACGGUGGUAUGGACCAUGGGAACAUGCAUCACGGUACCGAGACUUCGACAGACAGCAUGUGCAGCAGUAUGGGCAUGCACGGUAUGUCGAUGACGUUCCACACCGGCUACUGUGAGGUGGUGUUAUUCGAAAAUUGGAAGAUCUCCUCGAUAGGCGGUCUCAUCGGUUCGAUGAUUGGUAUCGCUAUUAUGGCUGCGCUCUAUGAGGGCUUAAAAUAUUACCGGGAGUAUCUUUUCUGGAAGACGUACAAUGCCCUGCAAUACAGGAGCGUUACGGUACCCAGUGAGAAGAAUGUGGUAACCGAGGACAACCGAGUCGUUCAUAUGGUUGGCGAAGUAAUCCACAAACAACCGCUCCUGAGUAGUCGCCGCGGCCAUGUUGGAAUUGUGAUGUCAUAGGCGAGAAAUGAUAUGUUAAUUUAUGUUGCAUACCAUUUGUAAAUAAAGACAAUUUGGAUAAAUCUAAAUGACGAGAUCGCUUUGAAAUACUUGUAAAAAUUGAUGAAAACUGUCUUUUCCUUCCUUGACAGUCAGUAAAUGAUCGUAAAAGGCACAUGAAGUGAACCUUUAUUCGGACAGAAAACGAUCUGACAGCUGUUGAAACGAGUGAAAAAUACGCUUUUACAUAUAAAAUUACAAGAUAACUGUAGUUUUCGUCAAUUUUUACGACUUUGACAAGUACGAGACAAGUCACAUUUUCACAAUUAAGCAAAUAAUAACGAAAUGGCAUGCAACAAAUUUCGUUAUCAAAACGUCACUUUUCCACGUCUAUAAGUUCAGCCAUGUAUCGUAGUAUGGCGUUGGAACAGUAUCAACGCCAUUAGUCGGAGGCCUGACGUAACCGGUAGCCAUACACUCAAA